CGCGUAAAGCUAUUCUCUGCGCGUCGACAACACUGGAAGAUUCACUUAUUUACCUGUACUCCGAAAAUCCUCAAUUCCAAGCACGUUGUAGUGCACCAUUGCUUUUUAUGUAUUGAUGAUUGUUUCAUAUAACGACGAACAAAGCCGAGUUUGCAGUGCGAAAAAAAGUGAUUAUGAAUCGUUUGUGGCGAUUAAUGAAUAAAUAAAGUAAGAAGGCGAUCUGAAAUAAUUCGCUUGGAGAGUCGCAUACGGCUGCACCAACUUAACAUGCUCUCACAGACGAUGUUGUAGAAUGCAGUUAGUAAUUUUCAGCGCUAAUUGUAGAAAGAAAUGCAGGAGCAGGUAUCAAUAAUUUUUAGUUUCUAAUUUCUAAGCAAUGCACUAAGUUCUUUAAAUAGAAAAGGACAAGAAUUCAGCAGGUAAUCGUUUUCAAUGGCUGAUCUUGAAACAUAAGCACACGCGUUUGCUCACUAAAUAGUAGACGGUUAGUUAAAAAUUGUUAGUUAUCAGAGAAGGUUCGCUCCAUUCAUCGCUUUGGAAUGAUUUUUUUCGCAACAUUAUCGUUACUGCUGUGUAUCAUGUGCGAUGCACUUAAAGUUCAUCAAUUUUCCGAAGAAUUUCUGAAUAAAUCAAUUUUAGAAUUAGAAAUGCGAGAAUUACUGGGGAUCGGACAAAGUGCUAAACGUUUAAGGCGGCAAUUGCCCUUAAAAAAUUCAGCCGCAAAAUUUUUAUUCGAGGUAUAUAACAUCGUGGAAGAACAUGAAUCUGAAAAUGUUCAACAAAGUUCUUUAUGGUCAAGUAGCAAACGUUCGAAAAGAUCUACGCGUGGAAGUAAUUUUUUAACUGAACUCGAUGUAAUGGAAAUUUCAAAAUGCAAUACAAUAAUAACAUUUCCAAGUAAACCAUUUUCUACGACCACGAAUGGCGACUUUAAUGUCGUUUUUGCUACGAAUAGAGUCUCUAGCGAUCUGAAAUUAGUUCACUCAUUCUUACGCAUAUAUCAACAACCUAAUGAUGAUAAACUUACGCAAUAUCCUAGUAAGCAGCUAGCGACGGUGUUCGUAUAUCAAGAGACCCUUAACCAAACGUUCAAGAUUUUAACUUCUACAAAUACCACAAUUGCAUAUAAAGGCUGGUUAGAAUUUGAUAUAACAGAAACGUUGAAUAAGUGGCUUAAACGGAAGUCUGAACAUUAUCUCGAUCUUAAGAUUGCUGUGAACAUUGUAAGGGACAACAAAGCAGAGAAUCGACUCAAAAUCUCAGCUCAUGAUUUGGGUUUAAUUAUGCCGUAUUCCGAGGAGGAGGAAACAUUUGAUUUUCAGCCGUUUAUUAUAGCUUACUUCAAUGGUCCGGAAUUAUUACAAAAGAUCCAAAAAUUACGUACGAAACGAAAUAUUUCACUGAAGAGAAAUAAUGCCUUUGCCCUCCCAUCGAACUGGAAAUCUGCGAUGUGUAAACGCCAUGAUUUUGUUAUUGAUUUUGAAGAUCUCAAUAUGGGCGAAUGGAUUAUUGCGCCGAAGCGAUACGAAGCGUAUUUCUGCGCUGGAGAGUGCAGUUUCCCAUUGAAUAUGCAAACAGAUGCGACCAAUCAUGCCAUCGUUCAGAAUCUUAUGAAUAUUAAGCGUCCCUCACUACCAAAGCCAUGUUGCACACCCGUCACUCUAAGCUCAAUUAAAAUACUGCAUUACGAUAUUAACGAAAACGCUGUUCUAACGAAGUUCGCCAAUAGUAUAGUUAAAGGUUGUGGUUGUAAUUAAUUUACGUACUUUUGUAAUUAAAAAAUGCAAUUAUUUUAUUUAAAUGAAACAAAUAAUACUCAAUUGUUCGGUUCGUCAAGGCUUUUAAAAUUUUCAAAGCUUUUCCAAACAGGGCGUAAAUAAUCGUAUAUCCUAUUGUACUAUCGCGCUAAAAAAUAAAUCGCACUAAAGUGUAAACAAUUCGUUAUGAUAUAUACCAGUAAUGGUGCAGGGAAUAUUAACUUUAUACGGACAUACGUAACACCCGGAAGGACUUUAGAAAGACUCUCCUCCUCGUUGUACCAAUCGAUUCAGAAGAUUAUAUAUCGAUUUAAGCUUCGUUUGGCCGUCAUGUGUUCUUGUGUUCAACCUACAGGUCAAUUUGGUGCACUGAUAAGUUUUGAAGAACAAAAGCGAACGCUAUCGAAGAUGGUUACAUGCGCACCACUUUUUCAAUCGUUUCCCAUAUGACGCUUGUAUCUAUAUCCUACCUAUCUGUCUAUAGAAAACUAUCAAUUGCAUUAAAUUUUCGGGGGAAAAACGAAAGUGCCACUAUGAGGAUUGCGGGCGUAUGAGACCGAUGUAAGUAUUUUUACUGAACUAGCUAGUCCGUAAGAGAUGGAAGGCAUUCUAUAUUUUUGGCUCACUGACACUCCUCACACCGUGUACAACUAGAAGAAAAGCAUGCACUUAAACCGCGUUUCUUUUCGUUUGCAAUAUUAUCGCUUAUCAUGUAUCAUGUUGACCAUCGGAAACUCUAAAUAAGUUAUCAACCUACGUCAGUUGGAUUAGCCGAGAAACUAUUGAUUUCGGUGGUAAAAUCUAGUAUUUUUGGAUUUACCUUUCAGAGAGGUUGGCUGGCUGCAUCAUUCGAAAAAGCUUUGUUUUACGUAUCAAGUGUCCCUCACUUUCCAAGCUAUGCUAAGUAAUAUCUGCUCUAAACUCUAUAAAUUGCUGCUUUUUGACAAUAAUGGGAAACUUGAUCUAACAUUUUCAGCACGAUUGGCUUUUAUUCUCCAAAAUUGGCCUCGAAAACACUAGCAUCGCUUAAGAGUAAUGUAGAAGCCUCUCAAAUAAUGACUUGGUUCUCUCGAAGGUAACCAAAGGAUUGCUCUCUUUUCUUUGAGGGCUUCAAAUGGACAAAGGCCCUCUUGGCUCCAUACGCAUAAUUUUUUAUGAUAAUGAAAGUUGGUGGUUAACAGUGAGCAGUGCUUCUAACAAAACACUUUUUUUUUGCUAAAA